CGUCCAAUAGGAAAGGAUUGUAAGUUGUCACAUGUACCGCUCUCUUCCUGCAUUUCUUCUUUUCGACCUUCGGUGGCAUCAUGGAGGAGUACACCAGAGAGCCAUGUCCCUGGAGGAUCGUAGAUGACUGUGGUGGAGCCUUCACCAUGGGUCUUAUUGGAGGAGGCAUCUUCCAGGCUGUCAAGGGUUUCAGAAAUGCUCCUCAGGGUGUUAAACACCGUGUAAAGGGCAGCUUAAUUUCUAUAAAAACCCGUGCGCCACAACUGGGAGGUAGCUUUGCAGUGUGGGGAGGCCUCUUCUCUAUGAUAGAUUGCAGUCUGGUAAAGGUUAGAGGAAAGGAGGAUCCUUGGAACUCUAUCACCAGUGGAGCCAUGACUGGGGCCAUCCUGGCUGCCAGAAAUGGUCCUGUAGCCAUGGUGGGAUCUGCAGCAAUGGGUGGCAUUCUUCUUGCUCUUAUAGAAGGAGCAGGAAUCCUGUUGACGCGGUUUGCCUCAUCACAGUUUGCAAAUGGUCCACCCAUACCUGAUGAUGCCUCUCAGCUGAACACACCUCCAUUUGGUAGUUACCAGCAGUACCAGUGAAUAGCACAGUGUUUAUCGGAAUGGCUUCAAGCCCAUCAUCGUGAACUAUUACCACCUUGGCUCUGUCACAUCUUGAACUUUAGUCUACAUUCAGCUUCUGAGUUCGGCUGUGGAUGUAACAUACACGGACCAUGAAGGAACAUUGAACACAAAUGUUUACUUUGUAUUAAGUUUAACGUUUUGGGGCAGCCGAAUGCGGCUA